CUGCUGUCGCUUAGAAAGAUAUCACAUCAUUGAACAACAUAAUUCAUAAUACAAUGUAUACAAAUGCUACAAGGUGGGAAGGUCGAAAGUAAAGAGUUCAAAAGUUAACCAUUGAGGCGGGUUUAAGUAGAAUUCAACAAAAACGAUAUAUACGUAUAGACGUAUUGUAUUUUUUAUGUUUUCUGUUAAAGUAAACAAAAAUACUUAUAAACAGAGAAAUAUUAAGCACGUGGCAAAAGAAGAGACCGCAGACUUCAUUUUCUCUCAGAGUGAAAUUGUCUACGCAAUAUAUACAGGAUUUAUAGAAUUUAUUUAUUUUACACCAUAAGUCAAUUACUGAGACAGAAAUAUGCAUGUUGAUAUUUUGUUGGCUUUAACACUGUGUGUGCGUAUUGCUGAAGGUGAAGUUGUGAAUUCGUUCAAUAAAUGCCGUUCAUUUUUCUACAAACGUUCGCCUCCUUCCGGUUUUGAGUACGACGGACUCUCAGAAAUAUGUCAAAUGUACCAGAUUGAGAACAGAUAUCAUUUUGCUACGUUGUACAGUUCCGAAGACAGAGUGCCGAUCUACUCAGCAUACACACUGGACACGUUCUAUUGCCCGCCGAAUCAACCAUCCAGAAGAAGUAAAUGGUUUAUUGAACCACAGUUGUCUGGUCUUAUAUAUUCAAAACAUAUGACAACAGAGGGUAAUGCAGCAGACAGUUAUAAGAUAGAACAAGCGAUUAACAUCGACUAUCCGAACACCAGCUACGACCGAGGCCAUCUUAACCCAAACUUUUACCAGGGUAAUGAAGGCCGUACUGCUACUUUCACACUCACGAACGCUGUUCCACAGGAUCCUUGCUUUAAUCAACAAAUAUGGAAAGACAUGGAAAAAAGGUCCAAAGUCAUUAUGGAAACGAGGUGCAAUUUUUAUGGCGCUAGAAGGUACUUUGUAACUGGUGCUGUUCCGUCUAAAAAUAAAAUUCCCUCCGUAUUACAUGAUAAUGAAGGAGAUCAAACGAGGGAAUAUAACAGAGUCAGUGUGCCGUCGGGAAUGUGGACUGCUGCCUGUUGUGACUCUUCAAAUGCAGUUUAUGCCGACGAUCGGGAUAAAGGUUUCUCUUUUGGCUAUUACGGUGACAAUGUUCCGGACUCUUACGUCUUUCCAUACACAAUUGACCUAUUAGAAGAAACACUUGCCACUAAAUAUAUGGUAAACACGUUUGAGAUUUUCGCUGACUCAUGUUACUCUUCGUCAAAAACCACUGAAGUAGUUUUAAGUGAGUUGUCUAUCCCGGUAGAACGUAAAAUUGCAGAAACACUUGCUAAUAUGGGAGAUUCUAGUGAGUCGUCACUACGGCCUGCUAAAAGAACAUUUAUAGGAUACGUAAAUUCAAAUUUACAUGAUAAUGAGGCAUUCGCUAAAAAUAACUGGAGACUCGCCGAUGUAGAUUUCGGAUUAAAAGAAAAACGGAGCGAUAUUCAGAAUACGCGCGAUUUGUUGGCGCUUUUUGAAAUGACGACUCUGUUAACAUGCGCAAGUAAUAACAAUGUUGGAAAGCGUGAAGUUUACGACCUCGCUAACGAAAAAGGUGACGACUAUGUUGUUGUUCCGACUUUAGAGUCGACGCUCAGUGCUACUGGUUCCCGAUGUAGACAAGAUCACCCUUGCGGUUAUCACAAGAAAUCUUACCAAUGGUGCUAUAUCGACUGGAGUAGCAACUGGGAUUACUGUUGUAUUGAUGCAUGCGGCUUUGAACAAAGCACGAGCUACGCAUGGUGCUAUACAAGUUAUUCUAAACACUGGGCGUAUUGUUCACAAAGAAGUUCCAUGAUAUCUGUUUCCGGUAAACAAUGUAGAGCUGACCAUGAAUGCGGGUUACACGGCAAGUGGUACCACUGGUGUUACACAGACACGAAUAACAACUGGGACUAUUGUUGUCAACCUUGGCAUGAAUGUGACAAUCAUGAAAAGAGCUAUAAAUGGUGCUAUUAUAGCUACAUGAAGGAAAGCUACUGGAAAUAUUGCUAUUACUGAGGAAAAUUUCUUGAACUAUUACCACUAUUGAGGAAACAUAAUCGAAACAUUACUACAAUUUAGGAAACAAUAAGGAAACUGUAAUGCGGAAGUUUCAUCAACGAAUCAGUUUUAUAGUAAAAUGAGGGAAAUAUCUUUGCAAUAAAUACACAACUUUACUAGUUAAUGACCGUGUCUGAGCCCAUAAACUUUAAGUCUAAAAAUUUAAAUGCAGGGAAACAUGUAAUCAAUAACGCACAUUUAUGUUUAUAUGCCAGGCAAAUAACUAUUCAUGGUAACCAGUAGUUUACUUAAUAUCUACAAAUAAGUACUGAUUUUCCUGGAAUUUUCACCCCUUGUCCGCCAUUUUAUCUUUGGUCAGGGAGGCUGCCGUAUUCGCGUAACCCAGCAACCCUCAACCAAUCAAACGAGCAAUAGUGAGCCAAAUCGUUCUAAGUAUAUUUUGCCCGUGGACCCCGAACUUAAGCUCCUUUAGUCCUAAAUAUUUGAAUUACUUUUGGACAUCCCCUUGACCAUAGCAGCCGCUUUUUUGUCAGGUACAAUUUCCUUGUAUGAUUAACGGUCUGUCACUGUAUAUAUUAAUAUUACCAUUCCAAUUCUAAUGAAAGUCCUUAAGCGCGUGUAGUAGGAUUAGAUCAAGGUUACUGAGUGCUUAUAAAGGAGUGAUUCGUUCGCACAUUAAAGGUAUAUUAAUACGAUAUAGGCCUGCGAGGCGAUAAAGGUAUUUUAUACAUAAAAGGUACAAACUGAGGCAGCGCUCAUCAUCCAUCCCGGCCCUGUCCCCUUCCGAGGUUAUUUCUGAAUAUUGCGAGGCUCGUGACUUAUGUGUUCUGUAAGAUUGCUUGAUCAUCAAUUAAUGUUAGAAAAGUAGCGCGCCCAUAGAUGUAUACAGUGACAGACCUGCUCCCGCAGCCUACCCUGUAAAAAUCACCGCAUAUUUCCAUAUAAUCAUCAGGAUUGCACUUAUGAAUGUUUAUAUGUUGUGAAAUGAAUGAUGAAAUGAAUGUAGAAUUAAAUAAAUGAAAUCAAAUAAUACAUUUUGUGAUUGAAAACUGUA